CGUGUUUAUUUCUGACGUGUGUCGGAAAAACUCAUUAUAUGUCGAAUGUCAUGUCCGUUGAUGCCUUUCUCUCUCUGGAUUUUUCCUGUUUUUAAUACUUCUCCUUCACCUCCUUCUCUCUCUCACUAGACCCAAGCACACGCGGUCGCAUCUUUGUAGAUACAGAGAGCAGCAUGUCUCGGGCGAGCAGCGAUGGCUUCUUAUUGUUUGAGUACUCUGCAGCAACGAGCAACAGAGGGAGUGACGCCUCUGUUCAUGGAAUAAGGGUGAGCAUUGAUCUCGUUUCAGCAGCGAGAAGGCACCUUUGCUUCCUCAAGACUCUCGUCAAUUCUCCAUGGCUUCUUCACACUCCCUCUCUCCAUCGAGCUAUUCGAAGGUAUCGGGACCUAUGGAUGCCAUUAAUUGCAGAGAAUUCAGGUAGCCGCACCUUGCUUUUGCCGCCAUUAGACAUCCAAUGGAUAUGGACUGCCCAUUGCCUGAAUCCGGUGGCUUUUCGGCGAUAUUGCGUUUCAAAGUUUGGGAAACUGAUCGAGAAACCUGCAAUUUUUGAUGAAGAAAAUGAAGAUUAUGCUUGGAAUCGAUGCAGAGGGGUUUGGGAGAGAAAGUAUCCAUCUCAGCGGUUUGAUCUCGAGGAGAUUGAUGCAAUGGAGGGUGACGAUCCAUCUGAUUUGAGAGUGGAUGGCUUGGAUCUCGUGUUGGCAUCUGGUGAGCUGAGGUCACUGUAUGCCAGGUUUUCUGAACCUUUCAUGGGGGAGACAUCGUUUCUGAUAGCCGCUAAACAUAGAUACAAGGGUUUCUUAUAUAUGUUGCAGAGAUUGGGAACGAAUGGGAGUCAGAAGACAUGCGUAGUGCCAACUUCCGAUAUACUCCUAAUGUGGACUACUCAUCAGACUUUUCCUAUAUCUUAUGCUGAGGACACGAGGGAAAUUGGAGAGAUUUUGGGGAAAGUGGUGGGGCAAUGGGGCUCAGGCACUAGUGAAGAUGUGAGGACCACGGCCAAGCUUUGGGAAAGCACAUUCGAUCGCCCCUAUCAGAAAGCAGGAGCCAGUUUUGAUAGGGUUUUAUUGAAACCCACCAUUUUCUCUGAGGUCUCUGCUGUGGAUAUCAACAAGAAAUGGAAGUCACUGGGUCCCAGAUUCUUAAUUGAGGUAUGCAUAUCUAUCAAGAGAGAUGGGGAAGAAAAAGGAGAGGAGAAAUGGGAAGAAAAGAACAAGGGCUCAUUUCUUCAACUAAGAUUCUUGAGAUGUCACAGGCAAUGCAAGAUUGACCCCCCAGUUUCAAGCUUACUUUCUAAUACACAAAAUUCAUGGCAACAAACAUGGCACCUACAAUGUGAAUUCGGCACCAAGGGAUUUGUUAUUGAACUCUGGAGAUCAAAACUUGGUUGCUUUAGGUCAAAUACUUUGCAGGAGAGACUAGUUUUCCUAUGGAACGACCUAUUACGAGCCCCUUCUCUCACUUUGAGUCGAGAAAUCGAGCAAAGUAUGGGAUCGAAGCUCAGAGUAGUGGCCUCGAUUACACCACCUAUACAAGCACCGUAUCUUCUCAAAUGUGUUCCAGAUUUAGUUACGGAUGAUCGUGGAGCCAUGGUCUCUGAUGUAAUUUUGCGGAUGAAUAAGUUCAGGCCGCAAGAAGGUCGGUGGUUGACUCGCACUGUGCUAGACCAUGCCGGGAAAGAAUGCUUUGUUGUUAGGAUUCGAGUUGGUCGAGGAAUUUGGCGACGCCGAGGCGAAGCUCCAGUGGGUGUGAAGUGGGAGGAGAGGAUCAUACAAGUGUGCCUUGGCUCAUGGUCUUAUGUUGCUGGUUCAGUAGGAAUUGCUCCCGGAAAUGUAGCGGGAACAGCAAUACCAAGAGAAGAUGGCUCACAAGAUCGAAAAGUAACUUGGUCUUUAUCCAACGGUUAUGAUUUUACGAUACAAUGUAAUCAGGAGCCCCGAUUCUGGCUGGAGAACAAAGAUUCACCCCAAACGGUGAGGUUAAUGAAUGGCAGAAAACUCCAUUACGAGGUCCAAGGAGCAAAACCUGAAGAGGAAGAGGGGUUCCUGACAAUGGCUAGGUUCACCCCCGACAGUCCAAAUGGGAAGGCUACAGCUUUGAUGAACUGGAAAUUAUUUGCCAUGGAAGUGUUACCUGAAGAAGAUGCAGUGCUUGUGUUGCUUAUUUGUACAGCCAUGGUUCAGACAAUGUGUGAAGCUAGAAGAGAAGAUGUGGGGAAUUUCUUGAUCAGGAAGAGGCUAAAAGAAGCAAAACGUGGGAGUAGAGAUUGGGGAUCAGUUACUUUGCACCCUUCAUCCUCUCUUUCUUCGUCCAUUGUGGAUCCAUGGCUGCAACCUUGGUAUUUGAAUGCUGCAAUGGUAAUGGCUUUGCCAGACCCUGAUUACAAGGGUGGUAGUCAGACAAGGAAUUCUCAUGUGGAUGGAGGCAAGGGUUUGUAUGAAAUGGGUCGCCUGCUUGCUUUUUGAUAACAAAUAUAGCUUUGGGGUGGACCUUUUUUGAUAGUGAACUUUUUUUUCCUGGUUGGGUUAGCUUUGGUUUUGAUGAACUGCAAGCUUUAGGGUUCGAAAUUGCGCAGGCACGUUUGGUUGGUUUGAAACAGUAAAAUUGCCUUACAUA